UUUUUUUUUACACAAAUCGCCAUCCUCCUCCUCGGCUUCUCCCUCCACGCUCCGCUCUGAGAGCUACUACUUGCUAGUUGUACGGCUUCGAUGGCGGCGGCGGCGGCGAUGAGUACGAUACCCCGUACACCGGCGGUAACGGCAGCUUCCCUCCCUCCUGCGGCCGGCUCCCGGAGCUCCUGCGGCGGGGUCGUCGGCGUCCGUGUCCCCAAUCUGCAUCGCCAGCGUUUCCCACGACCUCGAUCCUCUGCGCCUUGGGCGUCAUCCCGUUCAUCGAUCCGCAUCCUCAUCAUCAUCUUGAGGGCUCGAUCUGUGUCGCCGCGCUCCGGCCUUAAUCGAUUCGUUGAGUCAUUUGAUAAAUUCGAUGUAAGUAAUCUUCAGGCAUUGACCAUCUUGCUAUGAUGGAUGGGUUUACUUACUGCGUUUGAGAACUAAUAGUAUUUCCAUUGAAUUUUGACUAGCUAUGAUGUAAUAAUGUUUAUGCAUGUAAUUUAAUUGGAAUGUUUGCACUCAGUUUCUAAUUCUCGUCCCUAAAUCGAUCAAAGAUGCUGCCCCAAAUCGAUCAAAGAUGUUGUGCUUUGUUAACAUCACAUAUCUUCUUUUUUUUUUUCCUGAAGAAUGCUUCACAUUCCAAACGGCCAAACAUACCAGCUACUAGUACUUCUUUUUUCACUGGUAAUUUGGGCAACCGAAAAUUACAGGUGUAUUUUCAGUAAAGGGGAAAAAUGUUUUGUUCCUGUUCAUAACCAUGGGGUUAAGAAUCUUAAGAUCACACACUCCUGCCACAAUAGUAGCAGGCAUGCAUAUUUAAUAAAAGUUUUGCAUGUUUCACAUAAGUGGCGAAGUCAGGAGCAAUCGGGUACAUAAAUAUGAAAUCUUGUUAUAUUUAUAUUUGUGGUACCCUUUUUUUUUUACUAAACGGAGCCUGAUAGAAGUCAAGCAUCUUCAGACUUCAGUACUACUACUUGCUUCAAACAAAUGGUCCAAAGUCAAACAUUACUGCAACUUGGAGAUUACUUAGAAUCUUGAUAAGAAAAGUAGAGAGUUUGCAGUAGUAAGUAGGCAGGUAGUGCAAUGUCCAUGCCUUAGGCUUUCUUGCCUACUGCGAGCUGCGACAGGGGAACUGGAGAUUGCAUAUUUCUCCUCGCAUUCAAAGAUUUCAAAGGUCAGAUCCCGCUUCUUUCUUCUUCGGCUACUUCCUUGUGAAUAAUUUCCCUGAAUUUAUCAAGAACCCUUGACUGCUAUAACUGGAUGUUUAGGUUUGAUUCAGUUCAAAGAUAUCCUUCUAUUUGGAUGCUUUUUUUCAUUUUUGACUCUUGAAACUUGCUCGAAUUUGGAGUGCAGGUGUCAUUCAAGUGAGCAACAAAGGGAUCUUUUCAGAUCUAUAUAGAAGCUUUCCGGAUUAAUUCAUCAGCUUCUGAAGACAAAAGAGAGUUUUCAAUGCAUGGUGCUGGGCUAAGGCGCUAAACUUGAUGUCUUCAUCAGAGCUGUAAUUUCUUCUGCCAGAUUUUACUGGGUACAACUCAGUUGCUGAAUCUGGAAAUAGCUUUCAAGAUACCCAUUGAUAAGCACUGUAAAUCGAUUGGCAACAUACAGGAAUUUACUUGUUGAGAAGUUUGCUUGAUGGCAACCAUACUAGAUUCUUUUGUUGGAUUAUGUAUAAAAAAGGUACAAGGCAUUGUCAUGGAAGAGGCAAUAUUGAUACUAGGUGUGGAUGAAGAGCUCAAAGAACUGCAGAGGAGGAUGAAACAAAUACAGUGUUUUCUCCAUGAUGCAGAGCAGAGGAGGAUAGAAGAAGAGGCUGUUAACAAUUGGCUUGGUGAGCUGAAGAACGCUAUCUAUGAUGCAGAUGAUAUUAUUGACAUGGCCAAAUUUGAGGGCAGUAAGCUUCUAGCAAAUCACUCUUCACUCUCUCCAUUGCCGAUAAAAUAUAUUUCAUGUUGUAACCUCUCUGUUACGUCUUGCGUUCGCAAUGUUUGGACUCAUCGCAAGAUUGCGCUCCAGAUUAGAAGGGUCAACUAUAAUCUUCAGAGGAUAUCAAUUGACAAGACAUUUUUAGCACUAGAGAAUGUGAAGGCUACUUACAGAGUACUUGCACCAAGUAAGAGACAUACAUCCCAUCUUGUGGAACCCAACCUUGUGGGGAAGGAGAUUAAAUAUGCUACUUCAAGAUUGGUGGAAAUGAUACUUACUCACAGGGAAGAGAAGGCAUUCAAGGUUGCAAUUGUUGGAACGGGUGGAGUUGGAAAGACAACACUAGCUCAAAACAUAUACAAUGAUCAAAGAGUGAAAGGUAAUUUUAGCAAACAUGCCUGGAUAUGUGUUUCUCAAGAAUAUUCUGAAGUUAACCUUUUGAAAGAAUUACUUCGGAAUAUGGGAGUACAUGAAAGGCAAGGUGAAACUGUUGGAGAGCUCCAAAGCAAGCUUGCUUCUACCAUUAAAGAUGAAAGCUUAUUUGUUGUAUUGGAUGAUGUAUGGCAGUCCGAGGUAUGGACAAAUGUGGUACGAACUCCAUUUCAUGAUGCUGCUAAAGCAACAAUUUUAGUAACAGCUCGAGAUGAGUUGGUUGUGCGAAGAGUCGGAGCAGAGCAUCUCCAUCGAGUUGAGAUGAUGUCGACAGAUGUUGGGUGGGAGCUACUUUGGAAGAGUAUGAAUAUCAAAGAAGAGAAAGAAGUGGAAACCUUGCAACACAUAGGGACCAAGAUUGUCAGCAAAUGUGGUGGUCUUCCUCUUGCAAUCAAGGUUAUUGCUAGUGUUCUAGCAACCAAGGAGAAGACCAAGAACACAUGGGAAAAAGUUAUAGAAAGCAGUGCAUGGUCUAUGAGCAAGCUUCCAGCUGAACUUAGAGGUGCUUUGUACCUAAGUUAUGAUGAUCUACCACACAAUCUAAAGCAGUGCUUCCUUUAUUGUGCUCUCUAUGUCGAAGGUCAGAUGAUGCAUCAUGCUGAUCUUGUGCGGUUUUGGGUUGCAGAAGGCUUUGUCGAAGAGCAAGAAGGCCAGUUACUAGAAGAUACAGCAGAAGAAUAUUACCAUGAGUUAAUUUGUAGGCACCUUCUUGAACCAGAUCCUUUUUAUUUCGAUCACUACAGGUGCAAAAUGCAUGAUCUCUUGAGGUAUCUUGCUCAACAUUUAUCAAGAGAAGAGUGCUAUUUUGAUCAACUACCUUUAGAGCCUACUACUUGGUCUAAACUGAGACGUAUUUCGAUUGUCAACAAAACAGAUAUGUUAUCAAGUGUGGUUGAAAAAGGUCACUGCAGAGUAAGGACUUUGAUGUUUUGCAUGUCACCAAACAUAGAUAGUGAUGUCUUCAUGAGGUUUCCACAUCUUCGAGUUUUGGACUUGACUGGCUCAAUUGUACAAAGAAUUCCAGAUAGCAUCAACAGCUUGAUCCAUCUACGUUUGCUUGAUCUUGAUGCUACCGAUAUAUCUUGUCUUCCAGACUCCAUCGGUUCUCUCACAAACCUGCAAAUAUUGAACUUGCAGAGGUGCUAUGCAUUGCAUGAUCUUCCAAUGGCAAUCACCAAGCUGUGCAGUUUAAGGUGCCUUGGUCUUGACGAUACACCAAUAAACCAGGUGCCAAGAGGAAUAAAUAAGUUGUCAUUACUUAAUGAUCUACAAGGGUUCCCUGUUGGUCAUAGCUAUGUUAACACCAGAAAGCAAGAUGGAUGGAACUUGGAAGAGCUGGGUCAUCUUUCGGAAAUGAAGAGACUUGGCAUGAUAAGAUUGGAAAAUGCCAUGCCUUGUGGUACUUCAUCACUACUAGACAAGAAACACCUCAAAUUCUUAAAUCUACGCUGCACUACACACACAAAGGAGUCAUAUACCAUGGAAGAUAUUACCAAUAUUGAGAAUGUUUUUGACGAACUAAAACCUCCAUGCAACCUGGAAGAUCUUAGUAUUGCUGGAUCCUUUGGUCAAAGGUAUCCUACCUGGCUCGGCGCCGAUUUAUCUUCGCUGAAAAUCUUGCGACUCAUAGAUUGCGCAUCUUGGGCACAUCUUCCGGCGGUUGGUCAGCUGCCUAACUUGAAGUGUCUGAAGAUCAUGGGAGCAUCUGCUGUAACCAAGAUUGGACCUGAAUUUCUUUGUGACAAGACAGCUACUCCCAGGUUCUUGGGGACAAUAGCCUUUCCCAAGCUUGAAUGGUUAGUCAUAUCAGAUAUGCCCAAUUGGGAGGAGUGGUCAUUCACUGAAGAAGUAGUAGGAGCUUCAGAUGGAAAGAGUUGUACUGAAAACAACAAAAUGGUUUUGCAAGUGAUGCCUCUUUUGCAGAAAUUGGAACUUGGAGACUGUCCAAAGCUUAGAGCUCUUCCUCAGCAGCUAGCGCAGGCGACCAGUUUGAAAUGGCUCCACAUAGAGAGGGCUCAAGCUUUGAAGGUGGUGGAAGACCUUACUUUCCUUUCUGACUCCCUUUUACUCAGCAAGUGUGAAGGUUUGGAGAGAUUGUCAAAUCUUCCUCAAGUUAGAACUUUGUAUGUAUCUGAAUGUCCUGCUUUACGGUGGGCCCAGAAGCUGGAUUGUGUUCAACAAUUGUGGUUAUCAAAGGAUUUGCAGAUGGAAUUUCCCCUUUGGUUAUCUUUACUUAAACAACGGUAUCAACAACUUCAUGGAGAGGAAUUAGAUCUCUACACAUGGUGAUAACAAAUGAUCAGUUAGAGCAAACUUAUUAAUAAUCUUCUGUUGUGUAUGUUCUUUUUCUUCUUCUUGUUUUUUUUUUUUACCUUCCUCGCCCUUCUUUUCUGUUGCUUUUAAGUUUGCUACCUCAUGUAUUUGAACAUGUACUGUAUAUAACUAAGAAAGGUGUUUACAGAACAUUAUGAAUAUGAUUGUUUUCUCUAAAGCGGAAUGAAUAUAUUUCAUUGACAUGGUUAAGAUCA